AUGGAGGGUGAAACCAGAAGCAGCCGCGGUUCUUCCAGGAAGCUAUCGUUAGAACAAAUCGAAGCAAUGACCAGUGCCACCAUCAACAAAAUCCAAUUUUCAAACGCGCGAGAGCGUCUUCGCAACGGCACAACCGUAACCUACCAUGACUGCACCUCCGCAGGUUACGGCUGGCUUCUUCCAGGUUGGGUGGCCGAGGAACGGCGAGUCCAAAGUGGAAGAAUUUAUAGGUACUACUACGACCCAAAUGGAUCGUUUUACGAAAGCCAACAAAAGGUGUUGGAGUUCUUGGAGCGAUUCUGGGGAAUAAUCGUUCUUGACACUUAG